AUGCAGAACUUUGUAUACAGGCACAGCAUCGUCCUGCUUGCACUAGUGGACCACCGCUACCGGUUCUUGUAUAUCAACGUGGGAUCACCAGGCCGGUGCCACGAUGCCUUCGUUUAUCAUCGAUCCAGCCUGGCAAAGUGCGUGGAAGGACCGUUGUUCAAGACCCCCGUGGCCAAGAUCAACCGGACAGCUGUCCCUCCAUUAAUAUUGUGUGACCAGGCGUUCCCCUUGACACCUCACUUGGUCAAGCCCUUUAGCCACAGGGCCCACGUGAACGAUGAAAAGAAACAGUUCAACUAUCACCUGUCCAACGCCAGGGGGGUGGUUGAGAAUGCCUUUGGCAGGAUGAAGGCAAGGUUUAGGUACACAAUGAAGAGAAUGGAGUGCGACAUGGAGAAUGCGCCACUGGUGAUUCGCACUUGCUGCGUGCUCAACAGCAUUUGUGAACAUUUCAACGAGCCUGUCAUGCAGCAGUGGACCACUGAGUUGCACGCUACCUCUGCCCCGUAUGCGAAGCCACAGGGCUUUACAGAUGUUAGGACCGGAAAUGGAGACGCAGUUCGGGACGCAAUUGUGCAGUACUACAAGCGGCGGCCUCAAGUGGCACUCCCUAAGGUGCAUUUCCCUGGUGUGGGCUGCGUCGAAACUCUCCCGCAGAAGCCUCCGUUCUGUCAGCGGUGCCUCCCUGAACUCAGCAGUGCCAGCGGUGCGUCGCCUUUUCCGUGCAGGACGCUGUUCCUGCAGGUGUACUUGGCUUUGCGGCUCAUCAUCCAGGUUCCCAGCGGAGCCUCCUACGUGUUCAGCAGCUGCUUCUGUGAUGCCUUCUGUGUACUCCAGUGCUUCCAGGCUGUCUGA